UCCUACGGUAUCAGCUGGCUUGUCGGAAAGUGCGACCUGCCGUAUUUUGACAGACUGACCAUCAUCACACAGCUGAUAGAAAACCGUUUUGCACGCGUAAAAGCGCUGAAUACACGAAGAAAAAUCUUGCGCGGCAUUUUUGUCACGUGCGGGCCGAACGGGUUCAAUGUUAUGUAAACAAAUCAUCGAUCGGGAGUGAGACGGUGCCAUCGGUUGCUCGAGUGUGGUGUUGAUUAUCACGCAAGUGAUAAGAGGAUUUGUCGAGUGGUUAACUCUUUUUUGCAACGCUAAUUUGCUGACUAAUAAGGCGGCGUUUCCAGAACAGCGGAACCGGGUGAUAUAAGCGAAGCCUCACACGUGAUGUCAAUUACCGAGAAGGAUCUGUAUCGGGACACUCCGGUGCGCUAUCUAGGAUAUGCGAACGAGAUCGGAGAAGCGUUUCGACCGGUGAUCAAGAAGAUCUUUGUGCACGCCAGCUAUGGCGUAGCGAUCAGUUAUGUACUGGCGGAUACGGCGGAUAAAUCUAAGAAGCAAUACGAUAAACCUGAAAUACUUGGUGGAGGAUUUCGUGGAGCUGCCGUUGCGUCAGGAGAUACUCUGCUUUGGCAAAUGUUUGCCUCGGUCAUCAUACCCGGAUUCACCAUCAAUCGGAUCUGCUGGUUGUCCAAAGCUGCCUUAAAAGCUAACAAGGUAAAGGGACCGGUAGCCAAAUGGGGACCAACAAUGCUCGGUCUGCUUGCCAUUCCGUUCAUCAUCCAUCCAAUCGAUAGUGCGGUUGAUUACGCGAUGGAUAACACCUACCGAAAGUAUGUUAAGUAAUGCUCAUCCGCUGUCUCACGCUGUCAUCCGACGCCUCGAACGUUGUGUUCCGAAUGAUAAUAAUGGAUAUUAGCCAAAACUAGACGCGAGUGAACAACAAGCGAAACAACAAGCCACACGGACGGAAAACGAUUUCACACAAUUAGAUUUAGAUUUUUCGAUGGUGCCAGUUACAAACGUGGUUGCGGGUUACUAUUUUCUGCUUUACGAGUAUACCGUACAAGUUACAGAUAACAGGUACAGCACGGGGAAUGUGCUGACGUCUUGUGCAUUGUUAGUUCACUAUUCUUUAGACGAUUACAAAUAUACAACGCUACAUUUGAGACACAAUAAUGUUUGUUACACUACUUCACUGUGAUAGGAACAAGUAGAUUAGCAGCUCAGUUGCAGAGUUUCAUUACGUGAGGAAGGUUCUGUUAGGGAGGUAAACAAAAACGCCACAUUUACAUUGUACGGAACAUGGACAAAAGAUCUAAAACGGUGCUAAAACGGCUACACGAAAGUCAACAAUAAAGCUCAAAUGUCUU